AGACAGGUACGAGGUGAAACACAACACUGCUGUAUAACGACGUGUGCAACAUGUAUUACAGCAACCUACACGUUUCAGAGGAUUCGAAGUGAAACUAUGAAACAGAGAAGAAAGCAAGCACUGCGAGUUGUUCUUUCGCUCUUGCAUGAAUCAGUUCUCCCUGGCAGGAGUGGCUAGUGAGUGGUAGCGUAAGCACCAAUAACGACUAAGUCUUGCAUCAGACAGGGAGCACACAUACUCAAGUGAGAUCUACUGCUACGGCUUCUCCGCGUGUCGUGUGACACCAUUUUCAGAGUUUGUCCUCAGAAGAACGUGUUCAUAACAAAACCUAAGCAUCCCCGUCCUCUCACUACACCAUGGAGCUUGAGAAGAUGAUGAACGGCCACUAUAAGAAGAGAAGCGAGGAGGACGGGUUUGAUACCCUGAACAAUAUAGCUGAGUGCGAAGAGUUGCAACCUAAGACUAAUGAGAAGACAGAAACUAAGUUUACAGAUUUUGUGGGGAAGACAUCAUUUGGGAUGUCCAUCUUCAACCUCAGUAACGCUAUCAUGGGCAGCGGCAUUCUGGGUCUAGCAUAUGCCAUGUCCAACACUGGCAUCAUCCUCUUUCUAAUUCUGAUCAUCCUCAUUGCUAUUUUGUCUGCAUACUCAAUCCACCUGCUGCUGAAGAGCGCUGAAGUGGUCGGGAUUCGUGCAUAUGAACAGUUGGGUUACCGUGCAUUUGGAUCAGCAGGCAAAAUCUUAGCAGCCUGCAUUAUAACCGUUCAUAAUGUUGGAGCCAUGUCCAGCUACCUCUUUAUUGUGAAGAAGGAGUUGCCGGCUGUUAUACAAGGCUUGCUGGGCACACAGACAGACGUAGAGUGGUAUUUGAGCGGAAACUAUCUCAUCAUCAUCGUCAGUAUCUGUAUAAUCUUUCCGCUUGCCCUCAUGCGCCAUCUUGGGUAUCUUGGCUACACCAGUGGUUUCUCCCUCACAUGCAUGUUUUUCUUCCUCAUAGCUGUCAUCUAUAAGAAGAUUGUCAUGUCAUGUUCCUUGGAACACUCCAGUGUCAGCACCAACACCUCCAUUGCGCUUCUGACGACCGAUGAGUCCACACACAACGGCACCUGUGAGGCAAAACUGAUCACCCUCACGCCACAUGCUGCGUAUACCAUUCCCAUUCUGGCAUUUGCUUUUGUGUGUCACCCUGAAGUGCUGCCCAUCUACACGGAACUGAAAAAUCCAUCGAAGAAACGCAUGCAGAAUGUGGCUAACAUCUCCAUACUGGCCAUGUUCAUCAUGUACCUACUAACCGCCAUUUUCGGCUACCUCACUUUCUAUGGUAACGUGAAAGAUGAACUCCUGGAGAGUUACAGCACCAGUGAUAGACUGAUACUGUGUGUGCGCCUGGCAGUGCUGAUUGCUGUCACCCUCACUGUGCCUGUCGUUCUCUUCCCGAUCCGCCGUGCUGUGCAACAGCUGCUGUUCCCUAAUAAACCUUUCCACUGGGUUCGCCACAUCGCCAUCGCUGUGAUUCUCCUCUUCUUCGUCAACGUGCUCGUCAUCUUCGUCCCUAACAUCAGAGAUAUCUUUGGCGUCAUCGGAGCCACAUCAGCACCCAGUCUUAUUUUCAUACUGCCUGGAAUAUUCUACAUCCGCAUCGUACCUGAAGAGCAGGAACCACUGAAAUCUCGGUCAAAGAUCCAGGCAGCGAUGUUUGCGACUCUGGGCUUCAUCUUCAUGGUGAUGAGCAUUACCUCCAUCAUCAUACAGUGGGCGACUGAAGGCAAAAGUGGGGGAGGACACUAAAAGACAACAGGACAGCAGUGCAGUAAGGAUGCAGACAGAAGCACACACACUUUCCAUCACUUACCAUCAAACACAUGGACCUCUAAAACCGAGCAUGCUGCAACACACGGGAAACACGGCAACGCAUCGCUGUAAAUCACGUGCUGUGAAGACUUUAUGGAAGAUUUGUGUCAUAUUCAUACAUGAAUCCCAUAAUCUACCAUCAUUAUAAAUACUGGACCUGAGGAUGGAUGGAUGGAUGGAUGGAUGGAUGGAUGGAUGGAUGGAUGGAUGGCCUCACAACAGACUUUCCAAAAUGUAUCCAUUUUAUUUCAGUAGGUCCAUAUGGGAUUUAUUAGAACUGAUGAGAAACCACACUGAUAAGUGCUCGAACACUGCUACACCCUUACGGUAAACUUUUGAAGUUUCCUUAACCCAUUUAUGAUCAUACUGGAAUAUUUAUACUGUAGUCUUUGGUCUAAAACAUUUUUUUUUAACUUUAUACACACAUUUAUUUUAUAUUAAAUACCAUAUGACAACAAGACAAUGAAAACUACAUUGUGUUGAAAUAAAAGCUGGAGCCCAAAUUACGUGAAUUGAGAAAAAAGUUAGACUAAAAUAAUAUUGGCAUAGUUAAAGGUUAAUAACGUGGGCUUUUCAGGGCUCAAAAUUAAUGGUAGUCCAACUGGACAACAAAAUGUUCGGUCCGGACAAGUCAAAUCCACAUCUGCUUGUCCGACGAGUUAAGUUGAAUUAUUCCCAAGUCUCCCAGAAGUUCCGGGAGUCUCCCGCAUAUUGAUAGCAGCUCCCUGAGUGCCCAAAAAAAACAAAAUACAAAACACACUUCACCUCAGACUAUAUGAAAGUGUACCCUUGCCUAAUAGGGGUAAAAAAUAAUGACAGUGUUAUGCGCUGUACUGUGUGUAAUGGUGACUUUAGCAUUGCCCAUAGUGGGUUAAACGGUUGCAAAAUACAUGUUGAGGUGAAUUUAACAGUGUCAUGUGUUCAUGCGCAGAUUAUUUAUACGAGCUGGCUCACUGCUAAGGCUACAUGAUAAGCCCAAACUCCUUGAAAACUUGCUUAAAGUUGCAAUAGAAUAUAAAAUACGAGUUAAAUAAUAUUAAUAAGCAGUUUAUAUAAAUAGUAUAAGUCGUCUACAUAUUUUGUCACGUUUUCUACAUAUAGGCCGAUCUAAUUUGGUUUACAGACGAGAGAAAAUUACUCAACAGAGUAUUACAUAUAACCACCUCAGACAAUAUAGUAAUGAUACCGGAUGCUUUUAUAUCUUUUAGGGAUUGUUGAAAAUCACCAAAAAAUUUUAUAGUAAUUAUUCAAGAGUUACAUCAAUACAGUUCCAGCAAAACCAGUUCACUCACUUCAGUGAUCCAGCUGCGUUAUGGUUUACGAAUUUCCAGGGAAGCUGAGUACAGCAGGUGCAUAUGUAAAAAUAACCAUGGCGUAAUAUCUAAUUAUAGAUUAUUAGACGCAGAAUUAAUCGAAAUGGCAAUCAAAUACCUUAAUAAAAUAUCUGUAAAUAUCAAGUCAAGUUUAUUUUUAUAGCGCUUUUAACAACAGACAUUGUCGCAAAGCAGUUUUGCAGAAUUUGAAUGACUUUAAACAUGAGCUAAUUUUAUCCCUUAUCUAUCCUCAAUGAGCAAGCCUGUAGCGACGGUGGCAAGGAAAAACUCCCUCAGACAACAUGAGGAAGAAACCUCGAGAGGAACCAGACUCAAAAGGGAACCCAACCUCAUUUGGGUGAUAACAUUAACAGUUUCACCAUGAAGUCAGUUUCGUUGAUGUUAUAACUCUUCAUUGAUGGAAACUUGAGUGCAAAAACUGUUCAUGGCAACUGCAGUCCUAAAGUUAGCAAGUCAACUGUAGUCCUCAGCCAUAAAAGCAUUACUGUAAGUGUCCAGAGCGUCUUCCAAGUGUGACUUUCAACUGUCCAUAUGGGGCCAUCCUCCACACGAGCGAUGUGAUGAGACUCCAGCCAGACGUAGGGCAUCAGGAUGGAUCAGGCAGGUCCGAGGAGCAGAAGAGGUCAGCAUCUCGAUCUCAGGAUUGACAUGCAACUCAAAGGGACAGACAGAGAGAGGGGUGGGGGGAAGAAAGAGAGAGAAAACACAGGUUGUUAGGUAUGCCUAAUGUCACCUGAUGAGUAAGAACAGUAUACGUUUUGCGCUGAGCAAAACUCUGGCAAAACUAACUAUGACAGCAUAACUAAAAGGGGAGAGCCAGAAGGUAACACAGGCAUGAAGGCAUCUCGGGACAUAAAGCAGCCAGCCACUACAUUGUCAACAAACUUGAGUGAGCAAGUGAAUGGGGGACUGACAGCAUCCAUACAUCCCAGUUUACCAAACACUGUCUGAGCACCCUCCAGAUCUACUCCUUUACCUCAUAAACUCCAUUAACAAAAGGCUUGACUAAACACGUUUUCAGCCUAGACUUAAAUGCUGAGAAUGUGUCUGAUUCCCGAACAUUACUUGGAAGGCUGUUCCAUAACUGUGGGGCUUUGUAAGAAAAGGCUCUGCCCCCUGAUGUAGCCUUCACUAUACAAGGUACCAGCAGAUAGCCUGCACCUUUUAAUUUAAGUAGAUGUGGCGGGUCAUAAAGGACCAAAAGUUCACUCAGGUACUGUGGUGUGAGACCAUUCAGUGCUUUAAAGGUCAAUAGUAGUAUUUUAUAAACAAUAUGAAAUUUGAUUGGGAGCCAGUUCCGUGUGAAUAUGACAGGGGUGCUGUGGUCAUAUUUUCUAGUCCUAGUAAGGACUCUUGCUGCUGCAUUUUGAACUAACUGGUUCUGCAGAAACAUACAACUGUGUGUCAUCUGCAUAACAGUGGAAACUAAUACCAUGCUUACGAAUAAUAUCACCCAGAGGUAACGUAUAUAAAGAAAAAAGCAGUGGGCCUAAGACAGAACCUUGUGGAACACCAAACUUUACUUCAGUAUGUCUAGAAAAAUCACCAUUUACAUCAACAUACUGAUAGCGAUCAGUUAAAUAAGACCUGAGCCAGGAGAGCACUGUUCCCUUAACCCCCACAACGUUUUCUAGUCUAUCCAGAAGAAUGGAAUGAUCAAUGAUAUUAAAUGCUGCACUAAGGUCAAGCAACACAAGCAGCGAGACACAGCCCUGAUCAGACGCCAACAGUAGGUCGUUUACUACUUUAACCAGAGCUGUCUCUGUUUUAUGAUGAGGUCUAAAUCCUGACUGAUACAUUUCAUGGAUGUUAUUCCUAUGUAAAUAUGAGCAUAACUGCUGUGCCACACCUUUUUCUAGGAUCUUGAAGAUAAAGGGGAGGUUUGAUAUCGGCCGAUAAUUUGACGGCUGACAGGGAUCAAGGUCAGAUUUUUUAAUCAGGGGUUUGAUAACUGCUAGUUUAAAGGAUUUGGGUACAUAGCCAAUCCUAAGAGAAGAAUUUAUUAUUUUUAGAAGCGAUUCAGUUUAUUCAGAUCUGUUUGAAUAGACGUGUAGGUAAGGAAUCUAGUACACAAGUUGAGGAUUUUGAUGUGGAGAUUAAUGACAGUAGUUCGAUUUCUCUAAGGGGAGUAAAACAUUCUAAUUGCUGAUCUGAUACAGUUAUAUUGUUAGCUACAGGGUUACUUAAAUUGUCUGACCUUAAAUUAGUAGUUUGAAAUUUUUGUUGGAUAUUUUCAAUUUUGUCACUGAAAAAAUUUGUGAAGUCGUUGCUACUACAUACUGCAGGUGUGCAUGUGUCUAUAGUGGACUUAUUCCUGGUUAAUUUUGCUACAGUAUUAAAUAGGAAUCUAGGAUUAUUUUUGUUAUCGUCUAUUAGGGAGGAGAAAUAUGUUGAUCUAGCAGCACUAAGAGCUUUUCUAUACUUCAGGAAGCUCUCCUUCCACGCUAAUUUGAACACUACCAAUUUUGUUUGACGCCAUUUACGUUCCAAUUUUCGAGUGGUCUGUUUUAAAGUGUGAGUGUCAUCGUUAUACCAGGGUGCUAAUAUUUUCUCUCUGAUCAUUUUCUUUUUAAGAGGAGCUACAUUAUCUAAAAUAUAGCUGAACGUUGACUCUAAACAGUCAGUUGCCUGAUCAAGUUCUGCGGAGGCUGACAGUGACCCAAUCAAAGUUGAUAACUCUGGGAGAUCAUUUAUAAAGCUCUGUGCAGUAGUUGAUGUGAAUGUACGUUUAAUACAGUAGCGUGGUGAGGUGCAUAUAUUAUUACUCAGAUAUAUUUUGAAUGAGAAGAGAUAAUGAUCUGAGAUAACUUCAGACUGUGGAAGUGUGACUAUAUUUUCUAUGUUUAACCCGAAUGUUAGCGUUCGAUCAAGAGUGUGACCACCAUUAUGGGUCGGUCCUAUGACACUCUGAUUAACCUCUUCUGAAUCUAAAAUGGGCACAAACGCUGUUUUCAAAGGGUCUUCUGGGUUAUCGAAGUGAAUAUUAAAAUCUCUGACAACUAAAGCUUUGUCGAAGGAAAUAACCAGGUCUGAGAGAAAAUCUGCAAAUAUCUUGUUUCUCACUUUCCUUUUAUUGAACUAGUCAAUACAUAGUAAUAAAAAUGUUAUGGUCAGGUGAAGUGAAAAAUCUUGCUGCUUGUCCAACUGGACAAGCGGAUUAAAAAGUUAAUGUCGAGCCCUGCUUUUGGAGAGAAUUUUUAAAAUAUAAAAUUUAAUAUAAUAUCAUAUUAGAGGUAUAAAACAUGAGGUAAUACAAACUGAAAAGUAUUGUUUGCAUAGGAAAUGGCUGCAGAUAUAGAUAUCAUCUACAUUAACAAAGUGUGUGUUACAUCAUAAUCGAAUGUUUAAAGAGCAGUUUGUCGUUCUACUAGUGAAAUAUUGACAUCUUCAGAGGUCAUUUUUGUUGAGUCUGUGUCUUUAUAUGUUGUAAACUGUGUAACAGCUUAUUGCACAGAUAUUUCUAUGAUGUGUGUGUUUUCAGUACAUCUUGAUGCACAGAAGAUGUGCAAAGUUAAUUAAGAGCCCAGUUUAAUUAUUGCAGUGCAUGCAGAUGGAUUUUACUCACUUUUCUAUUGAAACAUAAUGAAGUAUGGAAACAGGCGGCACAGUGGUGUAGUGGUUAGCAAGAAGGUCCUGGGUUUGAGCCCAGCGAGGGCCUUUCUGUUUGGAGUUUGCAUGUUCUCCCCGUGUCUGCGUGGGUUUCCUCCGGGUGCUCCGGUUUCCCCCACAGUCCAAAGACAUGCAGGUUAGGCUAAUUGGUGGCUGUAAAUUGACCGUAGGUGUGAAUGUGAGUGUGAAUGGUUGUCUGUGUCUAUGUGUCAGCCCUGUGAUGACCUGGCGACUUGUCCAGGGUGUACCCCGCCUUUCACCCGUAGUCAGCUGGGAUAGGCUCCAGCUUACCUGUGACCCUGUAGGGCAGGAUAAGCGGCUAGAGAUAAUGGAUGGAUGGAUGGAUGAUAUCCAACAGGUUUCUUAAACCACCACCACCACACCAAUGACUUCUGAGGUAUUACAAUCCUGUAAAAAAAGAAGUAUGCACUUUUAUUUGUUGGCUUCUGGUUAUAUUGUGAAGACACACUGAAUAUUCAUGUCCUCAUGUAUGUUUAGUUUUGUGUAACCAGUUUCUGAAGUGCUAUGUACUGUAGGUCAUGUGAACAGUAUCGACCCCUUUGACCAACUUGUUGCCAAAUAUUGUAAUGUCUGGACUGAAAAUAUUUUAUAUAAAUUUUGUAUAAACUUUUGACAGCAUGGACCAAUUUUUUUUCCUGCAUGAAUCUGUGUAAAAAUAUUAAAAUAAACAUAAAUUAUUUGUAAAUAUGUUUCAUGCCGGGUCUGCAUAUUAACAUUUUUUGGGGAGAAAAUGCAUUGUACCAUCAAACUACAAGUUAAUUUUUCAAAAAUUCCACAUGAUUGUGCAAAGUGCCUCAAGCAAACCCUUGUGAAGAUUUAUGUACAUAUUUCCAUUUAUUUGGGGGUGAAAGAUCAUAUGUGUAAUUAGUUAAUUUGUCUGUUGUCAUUUUGUUCAAUAAAGAUGAACUGAGGUAAAGAA